ACGGUUCCAUGAUGGCGGCGCCCGUGAGGAGCAGUGAUGUUCCAGUACCGAGCGCUUCUGCUCAACCUGGAGCUGAAAAUGUGUAUCUACAGUACAGCGUUCUGCUGGAUCACCUCAUCGGGAAUAAAAGACAGAUUAAGGAGCUAAACCCGGGGGCUCUGGGUGGAAUCCCGAGUCCGCAGAAGACGGAGGAACAGAAGAUGAUAGAGAGAGGAAUGGAGAGCUGUGCAUUCAAAGCAACACUAGCAUGUGUCGGAGGUUUUGUGUUAGGAGGAGCGUUUGGAGUCUUCACUGCAGGCAUCGACACAAAUGUCGGGUUUGAUCCCAAGGAUCCGCUGAAGACUCCCACAGCAAGAGAGGUGUUGAGAGACAUGGGUCAGAGAGGAAUGUCCUACGCCAAAAACUUUGCUAUAGUUGGUGCUAUGUUCUCAUGUACAGAGUGCAUCAUUGAAUCACAUCGUGGUAAAUCAGACUGGAAGAAUGCCGUGUAUAGUGGCUGUAUUACUGGAGGUGCAAUUGGAUUCAGAGCUGGUCUGAAGGCUGGAGUUCUGGGCUGUGGAGGAUUUGCUGCUUUCUCCGCUGCUAUUGAGUAUUACCUGCGAUGAUCAGUGGCUUCAGCAAAUGGUCUCAAUCGCAAUCUGGAUGCACAAGAACUCGCCCAGCAGGGAUCAGUGUUGGAAUAUAAGACUUUUGUUUGUUCUUGAUUUUGUCAGGCUUUACUAGCUUGUCAAAUGAUUUGAAAUUGUUCUCAUGAAGAACCAACUUGCUAAUCCGGUUUCCUAAACUGGACGGUGUAAUGUGCUUUAGAAGUCUGGACAUUUGGACUUUAUAAAAUAUAUAAAGCAGUUGUAAAAUGUAAUAUGGAAACAUCAAUUCAAAACAUUCUCAUAUUUAAAUGCAGUCAGAGGAGUAAUCAGGUAAAUAAAUCUAAGCGAAUCCUGUUAUUAAUAUGCUUGUUAAUGUGUUUAGAGUGCAUUUGUCCCAAAAUAUUUAAUUUAAGGUCAUCUAAUUUUUUGUGUAUAUAAUCAUAUAAAUAAAUAAAAUAUA